CCAUACUUCUAGGGAAAUAACUCAACUCUCAGGGCCUACACACACUUGCUUAGAGCUAUGGAGGACACCGUCGAAGAGCUCAAUGAGCUCUUCGCAGCUGCAGCCCCUACUGGACUUCCCAAGGAUGUUCUGGCAGAACUGCAGUCGCUGUUGCGCAUCCACGCCAUUUCCGCCCAGGAGCUUUUCUACAAAUGGGAGUCUUACUGUCUGAAGAUGGGACCAGACGAGCUCAAGCUAGAUCUGGAUACCGUGCGAUUAUUCAAGAAAGAUGUACAAGAUACACUGGAGCGAGAAUCCCGGGGCAGAGCUGGGCGCCAAACGGAUAAAAGAGCGGCAGCCACUGCGACCCCGCGGGCUGCAAACACAUCCGAUGUCUUUGGGAUGUUAGAUGGACUCACACCGAAUGCUUCGCACGGCCGGACGCCCGCGAAGCGCAAGUCAGAUUUCGGCUCACCGUCGAUGAACAAGAUUGGCCGGACGGGCCAGAAUGACUCUCCGAUGGGCACGAAGAGCGCGGGUCAGACGACAAACGGAGACGCAAUCUCGUCGGUCUCAUUCAGCGAGCGCCCGCACCCCGGCGAGACGAUCGAAACUAUCAAUUCCCACCUCUCCCUCCCCGAAACCCCUAUCGCCCCUUACGCUGAAGCCCGGAUCAAGCCGACCGCGAACACCGACCUCAAGAAGUUCGGCUACAAGCCGAUGGCCAUGCGCCUGUCGGAGGUGUCGGAGAUCCUCGACGACCGCAUCGACGAGUUCACCGCGCUAUUCCAGAAACAAUACGAAUCCCAGGAGAUCACAUUCGGCAGCGCGGCGACGCAAAGUACCAGCGAGAUUGUGGCUGUGGGCCGCAUCGCAUCAGACAGUAUGGAAGGCAAGCUGAACCCGGCGUCGCUCGUGCUCGAGACGUCGCGACGGACCGGCGCCGGCGUGCGAGUGCCACUGAAGCUCGACUCGGUGCCGUCGGCCAACUUCUUCCCGGGCCAGAUGGUUGCGUUGCGCGGGAUCAAUGCCUCGGGGAACUACUUCUCCGUGAAGGAGGUGCUGCCCACGCCGCUGCUGCCACCGGCGGCGUCUUCCAUCGUUAGUAUCGAGAGCAUUAACGACAGGCUGGACGCGGCCGGCUCGUCUCCACUCAACAUCCUCCUCGCCUCGGGGCCCUACACGGCAGACAACAACCUCGCAUUCGAACCGUUGAAGGAGAUCUGCCGCAAGGCCGCAGAGAGCUACGCCGACGGAGUCAUCCUGAUGGGUCCAUUCUUAGACGUGGAGCACCCACUGCUAGCCUCCGGAGACUUCGACCUGCCCGAGAUCCCGGGACUGGAUCCGGAUACGGCGACACUCACGACGGUGUUCCGACACUGCAUCGCGGCACCACUGCAGCGUCUCGCGCAGGCGGUGCCCAGCAUCACGAUCGUGCUGGUGCCGUCAGUGCGCGAUGCCGUGAGCAAGCACGUCUCCUGGCCGCAGGAGCAGCUCCCCAAGAAGGAGCUGGGGCUGCCGAAGCAGGCGCGCAUGGUGUCGAAUCCGGUGACGCUGUCCUUGAACGAGACGGUGAUCGGGAUGUGCUCGCAUGACGUGUUGUAUGAGCUGCGGCGCGAGGAGGUGUUGCACGGCAAGCCUAAGGAGGGAAACCUGCUGAGCCGGCUGCCGAAGUACCUGAUCGAGCAGCGACACUUCCAUCCGAUGUUCCCGCCGACGGCUCGCGAGAUGCUCCCGCGGCCGGGAACGGAGACGGGACUGGCGACGGGGGCGAUGCUGGAUGUGAGCUAUUCGAAGCUGGGGGAGUGGUGGAAUGUGCGGCCGGAUGUGCUGAUCGUGCCGAGCAUGCUGCCACCAUUUGUCAAGGUGGUCGACAGCGUAACAGUGAUCAACCCGGGGAUGCUGUCAAAACGACGAGCGGCAGGGACAUAUGCACAGCUCGCGAUCCAUCCGCGGACGAUCAGCGAGGAGGAGCGCGAGCAGAAGCAGGUGGGCCAUAAGUUGUAUGAGCGGACGCGAGUGGACAUCAACCGGAUUUAG